CUGAGGCGCGGAAGUGUUGACGUAUUUGGUUUGUGGCCAAUUACAGUUGUGUCACGUGAUGCAUCUCCGCGACGUCAUCUCCGCGCGACAUCAUCUGACAGAUAGCUCCAUGUGAACAGCUUUCUGUAAUCGUUAAUUACAGGUUUGGCGAUGGAUGAUGACGUCCGCCGCUGAAUUGUAAGAAUCCAUCGCACUCCUUUCCUCCCGUGGCCACUCUCUUUUCUCUCAGACCCAAUGGCCUGCCGCCUUUUGGGCAGAUAUGGCCGUCUGCUCUCCGGGGUCGCCUCGAAGACGUCUGCUGCUGCUGCUGCUGCCGCCCGCCUGCCUCCGCCUGUAGCUGGGUCUGCAGGCAUGAGGAGGGCUCAGGGCUGGCCACGGUUCACAGAAAGGUUAAUGUGCGAGGGAAGGACAAUUAACAAAGAAGACCAUUUUCCAACAAUGCCUACACAGACCGAGCUGGACGACCUGUUGGACAAGGCAGUAGUGCCAGAGGACGUCCUGUUGGCCUGGGAAAAGCAUGGAAAGAAUGGAAAUCAAGCUGCCAAUGCCCUGAUGAAGUGGACUGUGGUGGUGCUAAGGACAAAGGGCAAGUUUAAGGAACAAAAGGCAGAACUGAUUAGCGAUUCAAGGAUAUUGCAUAUGAUGAAUAUGAUAUCUCGCCAGGUGUCUGCGGUGUGGAAUGGCAAUCUAGUGGCCCUCUUGCGAGCUUUGUGGAUUAUGGGUUUGCCCCCCACUGAUUCCGUACUCAAUUCUGUCCAGACUGAGGUUCUGUGGCGAGUCCGCAGGCUAACCUACAAGCAGUUGGGGUAUCUGGCAGAUUGGGGAGCAAGCAGGAAAGCGCAGCAGGAUGUGGCAAUAGUGAAUGCUGCAUUAAAACAGCUGGAACUGCGUUGGACUGAAAUUGCUGAUGCUAAAACUGUCAGUGCAUUGAUUUCAAAUGGACAGCGAAUGUCACCAACCUUGAUAGAGAAACUCGAAGACAAGGCUUUGGAGCUUGCAGAGGGCUUUUCAGCAGAGGAGAUCCGCAAAACCUGUGUAUCUUUGGCAGCUCAGGGCCGCAGAUCGGUCCCGCUGCUCAGAGCUUUGUCCUACCACCUUCUCCAAAAGUCAUCGUCUGAGUUCACCACUCCUCUCAUACUGGACAUGGCUUUUGCUUACGGGAAGUUAAAUUUUCACCAUUCUCAGGUAUUUCAGCGAAUGGCCUCAGAGUUGUUACCCAGAGUCCCUGAGGUCAGCUCUGCCGAUGUCACACGCUGUGCUAAAUCACUCGGCUUCCUUAAAUGGGUCCACGUCCCGCUCUUUGAGGCCUUUGCUGAGCACUUCACUGUGAACUGUCAGAAGUACAGUACCCUUCAGCUUUGUAAUCUGCUCAUGACUUUUGCCAGACUGAACUUCCAGCCCAGCAAAGGAGAAGAGUUCUUCAGCAUGGUUCACUCUGUGCUGGGGGGCUCUCUCUCGGGGCUGGAGCCCUUCUUACAGACGGAUGUGGUUUGGGCUUUGUGUGUGCUGCAGCAGGCCAAGCCCCAUUACCUCAGCCCCCUCCUACAACAGAGUCACGUUACCAAACUGUCCGUGGCCAGUCCAGGUCGGGUGGAGAAUUAUCAGCUGAAGCUCCUCCACGUUGCUGCUACACUCCACUUUGAGCACCAGUGUUCCUUAGAGACUCCAUCCUCCCUGGAGGCCCUGUCUGAUCCAGUCAAAAGCUCCCACCUCUCUCCCCUGCAGAGCAGUCUCAGAGGGAGUUUGCAUAGUUUGGUGGGGGGGAGGACAGAGGCCCUUCGCACUGGCGUUGGCACUGUUUACGGGUGGACUAUCGACGGUGAGAUGGUGGUGGAUUGUGACAACAAACCAAUUGACAUGUUGAUGCUGAGAGCCCCUCACCUUCCCAGUGGAGGAGGAGACCAGGCUUUACCCGCAGGGGCACAUCGGCUUGCUUUCUUAGCUUGGGAUUUUCCAAACUUUGGCUCAAGGAGUAAAGACCUUCUGGGACGGUUUGCCAUGAUGAAACGACAUCUCCAGUUGGCUGGUUUCAUCACAGUGGAGGUGGGGAGAGGCAGGAGAUUGGGACAUCUCAUCUCUGUGGAAGUGUUUUGUGGCCUUGCUUUAGUUUCUUCAAAGUGCCUUAUCAUGAGUGGCUUGAGCUGAAGACAGAAUGGCACAAGUUGGCGUACCUGAAGGACAAAAUGGGGAAGGCCGUGGCCGAGGAUAUGGCCAAGUGAUCCAAUCGGUGUUGCAGACACAGCUAAAUCAGAGCUUUCCCCAUCAAAUGGGACCACGGGGGAAUACACUCGCACGCACCCACAUUCACACUCAGAGAGAAGCAGCAUUGCAGAAAAAGCUCUCUCAUACUUGUCUGGAAAAAAAUAUUUACACUCUGGUUUCCUUGGCAACGUGUGGGGCUUUCCUUGUUUCCAUGGUUAUGGCGAGCAAGGCUUUAGGAGCCAGAGAGAGACAGAAAUGAACGCAAAAGCGCGUCCUUCUGUAGAAAGGAUAUGAGUCUUUGCUUCUGCGUGUGACAUGUGUAACGGAUGCACCAAGGUCAUUUGUAUCAUUUUGGCCAAAACAUCAGGCUUGUUAUCGACAUGUGAAUAGAUUGGAAUCAUAUAAUAAUCUGUGUGGGAUCUUGUAAUGGAAUAAAUUGUUUUAUUGCCAUUUUA